CGAUGGUAACCGAGACUCUCCUUGACCGAAACUGGAAUUAGGGAGCAAAACAUGUCACACCAGACAGGCAUAACAGCAAAUGAAGAGUUGCUGAGCUUUUUCAGUAGCUGUCGGAAUGGGGAUGUUCGAGCCUUUGCAGUCACUAUUGAAGAUGAGGCCCUUAGCCUUGGAACCUGGAAACCUCCUCACAAGUCUUGGGAGGAAGAUUAUGACCCAGUGGUGCUACCCAUGCUGAAACCAAAGCAGCCUUCAUAUAUUCUUUAUAGGCUGGACAGUCAGGCACAUGGAGGAUAUGAGUGGGUGCUCAUCAGUUGGUCCCCCGAUGACUCGCCAGUGAGGCAGAAGAUGCUGUAUGCUUCCACCAAGGCCACCCUCAAGAAGGAGUUUGGAGCAGCACAGAUCAAGGAUGAAAUUUUUGGCACAGUGCAGGAUGAUGUGAGUUUGGAUGGCUUGCACCGCCACCGUAAGUCUGCUUCAGCUCCUGUGCCGCUCACAGCCAGGGAGGAAGAGAUAAAUGAGAUCAAGAAGCAGGAGGUGGGUGUGGACAUCAGUGUGGAUACAAAACAUCAAACAAUGGCUGGCAUUUCCUUCCCUCUGGUUCCAAAUGCUCUUCAGGCCAUCAAGAAUUUUACAACAGGAAAUCUACAGUAUGUCCAGCUUAAGAUAGACAUGUCAGCUGAGGAGAUCAAGCUGGAAAGUACUGCUGAAUCUCUGGCAGUAAGUGGCCUGUCGAGCCGUGUACCUGACUCAGCUGCCCGCUACCACCUCUACCGCUUCGACCACAACUAUGAGGGUGACUUCUUCCAUAGUGUUUUGUUCAUCUACUCCAUGCCUGGGUAUGCCUGUCCCAUCAAGGAGAGAAUGUUGUACUCUAGCAGCAAAAAUCCUGUUAUUGACCUUCUGGAAAAUGGACUCAACCUGGUUAUUGCAAAGAAGCUUGAAAUAGGCGAAGGCUCUGAACUAACAGAGGAGUAUCUACUGGAUGAGAUUCAUCCCAAACAAAAUCUUCAUCGUCCCAAGUUUGCCAAACCGAAAGGCCCAGCAAACCGAGGCGCCAAGAGGCUGACCAAGGCCCCCAAGGAUGGUGAAGGGAACCCCUAGGUGAGGGUUGAGCCUCCCAAGGUGUCACCCCAAUGCAUGAGAUGGAAUGAGUAAAUAAAGUGAGUUGCUGCUCUCUUUACCACAAACCUGUCAUCUUCUUCACUAAAACUCCAAGGAUCUUUUAGUGUUUAUUAAGACAACUUGGAGCUCUUAAUAACUUAUUGUUUUCUCAUUUGGGCAAGAAAGUACCACUGAUAGUGCCAACUUCAUAGCUACCUUGUUGAAGAUUUGCCUUUACAAUUGCAUGCAGUAUUUUGACAUUGUUGUAUGUAAUAUACUGUAUUUGAUUUUAAACUUCAUUUGUAAAACAUUGCCCAUAAGAGCCCCCAUGUUCUGUAUUAUGUCUGGAUAUAUCUGUAUGGCCUUCCCCAUGUGUUUCAUGCUACUGUUUUAUGCUUUAUGUGGCACUGGUCUGUAAUAUAAUGUGAGAUGAUGAUAUUGUCAGAUCAGAUAUUUGUAAGUAUAGAUAUAAUGAGGCUGAAAAUUCAACCAAAGGUCAGAAAGUCUUACUGUAAGAUGUUUAGAAGGUAUGAAAAGAAUAUUGAGAUAUUAAUAUGAAUACAUACACAUGAAUUUGAUUGUGAUAAUUACAAAGUUAAUGUAUAUAUUUAUUUUUAACAUUUGCAUGAAUUUUGAGCAAAACAGAUUUUUGUUACAUUGAUAUGUUUAUUCAGAAUGCAAAUUUUAUCAAUGCAAUUUCAGUCACGUUGCCCUCCAAUUUAUAUUCUCAAAUGUUAAUAGAGUACAUAAUUUUAUGCUCAAACUUUGCUUCAAGUGAUUGUUAUGAGCUCAGUUUAACUGGUCUGGACUUUAUAAGACAAAACCCCACAUCAAGGUAGAACAUAAUACUGUAUAUUAUUACAUAAUUUGAAGAGCUUUUAUAUCUUAACUGUUGUAUGAUUUGUGGACAGUAUAUGACUACCCAUAACACAGACUUGCUCAAUGGGCCUAUGGUGUUACAGGACAGCAGCAAUAGUGCCUGCAGAGCUGGUAUUGGGGUGUUGAAUCCUGUGGAGCUAAUGUGUUGUUAAGGCUAGCAGAGCUUAUGUGAGUUGUUAAGCCUUGUGGAUUUUUAGUGUGACAGCAUUGCAUUUUGAAUGCUUAAUGCUAUUGUGCUUUGCGAAGUGUAUUGUGUUGCUGAGUGUGAGCCUUGCAGAACCAUUGGGCCAGGUGGAUUGCCAUUACCACUGCCAUCCUGGGGAGUAGUCACCUAGAGAACAGAAAUAAAAGGCAAAGUGCUUCAUAGUCAGCAUUUGUCUAAGGCUCUCACUUGCUAGCCCUCUCUUACUGUGUAAGAUUUGAGCUGAAAUUUCAAUCAGUAGAUAUUUGUGGUUUUUUGGAAAAGAACAUGUUACAUGAUGAUUUUAAGGGGUUUCUUGAAUACUGUGAACUAUUAAAGGUAGUUUUUAUAUGAUGAAGUUGUAUUUGUUGUGUGAUUGAGGUAUGUAAUCCUUGUGUGGUGAUUAUUUUUAAAAAUUAAAUUCCUACUUUCACA